AUGAGUGAAAAAGCAGACCAAUGGCGAGGUGAAUUCAGCAACAAACUUGGUCGGCCUUUACUUUCUGGUACGUUCCUAACAGCAAACCUCGAGUCAGAUCGAAACAAGGAUACGGACAAUGAAUCUGACCUAUCAAACCUGGAUCCGUUACAAGAAGAAAGAAUAGAUUCCUCCAUUGCUGAAACUAAUGUGGAUUUAGAAUCAUCUAGCACAGCUGGAGAGUAUCACUUUACUCGCCGAUUCAAAUAUGGACAGAUAGCUCCAAAUAGCAGAUCGUCUAUUAUUGCACUACCUAAGCCACGGUCUCAAUCUCUGCAAACUACCCAAGAGUUUCCAUCCGUAAAUAUAGAGCCAAUCAUUGGGGGAGUUGUGCAGAGAUUAAGUUCUGGAAAAAACGCCAAUUUACAGCCAUCUGUAGAAUCGUUUACACAUAUUGAUUUGGCUGAACUACUUGAUGGCGUGCUGGAUAAGCUACAAAUAAAACUGGCCCACCCAACUGAACCAGCAGAUAAAAAUGAAGGACAGGUUUCACCAAGUAUAGUCGCAGGAUCUCAAUCAGAUACUAAAAACCCUGAAAAAGAAACGAAUCGACCACAGAGUUUUACUUUUAUUAGCCUGACUGAAAAUCUUGAGCCACAGCGUGUCCAGCCAAAUGAUACAGUGAAUUAUGGACUAGAGAUAAAAACAAAAAUUCAAGCACAAGUUAUUACUGAACUUGGACGUCGACUGGACCGUUUACAAAAGCACAACAAUGAUCUAAUACACAACAACAACAAUUUAACACGAGAAAACCAGAUUGCUGUUCAAACUCGCAAGGAUCUAAUAAAGCUGCUCGAUAAAGCUAAUGAGCAGUUGUCUGAUUAUAAAAAACUUGCCAUCAACGAAGAUACUAAAACAUCGGCUGAUUCAUCAUUUCAAAAUAUGAAUAAACCUAAUCAGUCUGAUAUGCCAAUACAAAGAUCAUCAACCACAGAAAGAAAGCUCAGACCUGGUCAUGUCAAUCGCGAAAGACGGAUUGAAGCUGUGGAACGAGAAUUCUUUGAUCAUGAUGCAAUUGUUGAAUCUGCACUAGCAGAGCUAAAAGUAAUGAGUUCAAAAGUUACUCAUACAAGCAAUUUAGAUGUGGAAAUCAAACCAAAUGCUGACAACCAUAAUUGCUUAUCCCAGUCCAAUAACCAGCCGACACCCCCAAAUGCAGAGGAAAAUGAUGAAAAAGAUUCAAGUAGUUUUUAUGCUCGCCUUGACAAAGAAACAAUACAAUACAUGGCAGAUUUGUUGUCCGUAGGCAAAAUGCACGGUGCACCAACUACAUUAGGAGUUGGGCUUGAAAAAAAAAUCGACAAGAAAAAAUUGACAAAAGUCAAUCCAUACACUGAUGUACGUAAAGGAAAACCAAGCACGUUGACUACAACAGAAUACCAUCCAAAAGAGCUAAAUGAUCUUGUACGCAAGGCAUCCAAACAUGUGGAGUCUCUUACAUUUAUGAUGAACACGCACACUAAUAAACUUGUUGAAGCCUCAGCGCGUGAAUCAUACAUCAAAAAACUGCAAAGUCAAAUGAACGAGAUUACAGCAUCGUUAUGUGCCUGUAUUGAUGUGCUUGCAGAAGAACAAAGACAUGCAAGACAUUGGCGAUCUCAAUGUCAAAUCAUUGCCAAACGAUUUGAAAGUAUUCGAAUGUUGUUUGACCACGAACAUAUGGAGCGAACCAAAUUCUAUAACAAGCAACAGCUCAGUGUGAAUGGUAUUUUACCAAUGGCUAGACCAAACACUACCAACUUGGCUUGGACAUUGAAUGAUGAUCAAUGGCGGUUUCAACAAACGCGAAGCUCGGGGACUGAAUUUGAUAAUCGUGAGCUGUUUGCUAGAAUCGCCACGGCAGCUGCAACAUCUAAAUCUUAUACCAACGAAAGUACUCAAUCAACAGAUUGGCGCAAUGGAUAUGUUAAAGGGAAUAAUAUCUCUAAUUUGCAAAAUUUUGAAAAUUCCAUCCAUCCCACAGCAGGCGAAUCUAGUGCACUCCAUUCAAGAUCUUAUAGGAUUUGGUCCGCUAAUAACACAGCUCGAGAAACUAAUGCCGAGGUUGCAGACGAUGAUGUACUUUCUGGUGCAUUUGACGAACGCAGUCUACCGCCACUUUAUUCAAAAGAAAACAACUUAUCAUGUACAAAAAAGCCUUCCACAACGAGAGUGGCAAUAUUCAUUCCAUCACCGGGAGGAAAUCCUAAAUCUGGCUGUUCCCAAGCAUCUUCAUUGGCACCUAGCCGUAAUCAUAUGCCUAAACCAUCGGCAAAGACAUUUAAAAAUAUUUCAUUUCACGAUGCAAAGAGGCGACUGGAACAUUUAAAAUUGGUAUAG